AUGGAGGAAGCCGCGAUGCCGGAAGCGGGCGUAGCCGUUGAUCCUGCGGAGCGCGGAGGAGGCUCUGCGCUUUUCGAGGCAGAGGCGACUCGUCGAACGGGCGCUAUCACUGGUGGAGACUGCACAUCACAUUCCCCGUUCGAAGAACCAAAUGCUGGCGCUUCACCGCCCGCAGCGUCGAGCCUUUCCCCGGACAGCAUCCGCGAGCCCGCGCAUCCCGAGGCGGAGUGUCAGUUCGCGGGGAACGGUGCGAUCGGAGGCGGAGUUGGCUCAGUGGGCGCACCUUGUGCCGCAGUUUCCCCCGACGGUGCGCCAAACGAUGAUGCAGUUCCCCCCACGUCGAGGAUUUCCCCGGACACCGUGCAACCAGUCCCCAUCGACCCGUUACCGCAUCCGAAGCUGAAGAACCAGUGGAGAGAAGCGAAGGCGGAAGCGUCGCGCUGGUGGCUCCUGGGAGAGCGCCAGCUGUCCUGCGUCUCGUUGACACGUGGCGCCAAGGUGGAAGCGUUCGACCCCGUAGAUUUCCACUUCCCGAAAGGCGAGGCGAGCGGUGGUGGCGAGGGGAGCGGACACGUUGGCGGAAAGCAGGGCGGAAAGGAUGGCGGAAGGGCGCGCGGAAGGCCGCCCAAGUGGAGCAAGACGUUAUCCCGGGUGUCGUCCGCUGGGAGCUCAAUCGUCCGCUUUGGGACAAAGAGAGGAGGCGAGGUGGGAUCGCUCCCGCGAGAGUGGGCAGCGGCGCUGAUACCACUGGAGGCGGAGGGGAAGGUCAGGCUGCGCGGAUAUGUGUGCUCCGCGCCGCCAUGCCUCGCCAUGUUCUCCGAGAUCCUACUCACUGUCAGGGUGUACGUGCAGCAGUGCUGCUUCCAGAAGCUCACUCGGGUGAAGGAGCGCGCAGCACACGCGCUGUCUGUCUGCACAGCCGCCCACAUCACCAGGCUGCUGCGCUUCCUGGAGCUGCGCCCUACCCGCCCGGCGGAGUUCACUCCAGCGGAUUUCAACCAUCACACAGAGAAGCUGGGCUUUACCUUUGCCUUUGCAGACCGGCAGGCAGCGACUAAGAGAGUGCGGGCGACUGCAGGAGGGGGUGAGAGUAACGAGGGGGGGGAGGAGGAGGCAAAGUCGAUGACAGAUGAGGAGGUGAACCGCUACGUGGGUGUCACCACCAACAAUCAAGCGCUGCCGGAGAUGGAGCCUCCCCCGGGUGUGACCUCGCAGCUGCGGUGCUACCAGAAGCAGGCGCUGCACUGGAUGCUGUCCAUGGAGGCUUUGGGACGGGGUAGUCUGUGCCAGGACUUGAUUUCCUCACACCCAUUCCCUCCCUGUCACCCGUCACACGCCUCUUGCCAGGAGAUGGAGCCUCCCCCGGGUGUGACCUCGCAGCUGCGGUGCUACCAGAAGCAGGCGCUGCACUGGAUGCUGUCCAUGGAGGCCUUGGGACGGGGUAGUCUGUGCCAGGACUUGAUUUCCUUACACCCAUUCCCUCCCUGUCACCCGUCACACGCCUCUUGCCAGGAGAUGGAGCCUCCCCCGGGUGUGACCUCGCAGCUGCGGUGCUACCAGAAGCAGGCGCUGCACUGGAUGCUGUCCAUGGAGGCUUUGGGACGGGGUAGUCUGUGCCAGGACUUGAUUUCCUCACACCCAUUCCCUCCCUGUCACCCGUCACACGCCUCUUGCCAGGAGAUGGAGCCUCCCCCGGGUGUGACCUCGCAGCUGCGGUGCUGCCAGAAGCAGGCGCUGCACUGGAUGCUGUCCAUGGAGGCUUUGGGACGGGGUAGUCUGUGCCAGGACUUGAUUUCCUCACACCCAUUCCCUCCCUGUCACCCGUCACACGCCUCUUGCCAGGAGAUGGAGCCUCCCCCGGGUGUGACCUCGCAGCUGCGGUGCUACCAGAAGCAGGCGCUGCACUGGAUGCUGUCCAUGGAGGCUUUGGGACGGGGUAGUCUGUGCCAGGACUUGAUUUCCUCACACCCAUUCCCUCCCUGUCAACCGUCACACGCCUCUUGCCAGGAGAUGGAGCCUCCCCCGGGUGUGACCUCGCAGCUGCGGUGCUACCAGAAGCAGGCGCUGCACUGGAUGCUGUCCAUGGAGGCCCUUGGGCAGGCCGUGCCGGGGAUUGGCGAGCUUGUGCCGGGGAAUGGCCAGGCCGUGCCAGGGAAUGCUGCAACUGCUGAAGUCUCCACUUCUCUAUGUCCAGGAGCUGCUGAUGCCAGUGGUACUGCUGCUGCAGCUGCUGCUGCUGCUGCUGCCGAUGGUGGUGGCGGUGCUGGUGGUGGCAAGAGGACGAGUGCAGUGAACGAGUGUGAUGCGCUGCACCCGUGUUGGGAGGAGUACACGCUUCAGCACAAGUGCGCUGCACUGCGCGUGUUUCAGAUGCACCACUCUGGACUGUUCUUCCGGUUUUCUCUUUGCAUUCAUCGGUGCGCCCCCUCCCUUAACCCCUCACCCCGGUCCCCUCUGAAUCCCUUUAUCCUUCUCCUCCCUCUUCCAUCCCCCUCACCAUCUCCCCACCUCAAUUCUCUUCGCACUCACAUCCACCUCGUUUCUUUAACCCUGCUUCCUCCGCCCUCUCAGUGGCGGCACGCCGUUCUACCACAACGUUUUCUCAGGGGAAGUUACCCUGGAGUUUCCAAGCGCAAUGGAGAGAAGCAGGGGAGGGGUGAGUGGGAAGAGGCGGAGGAUAUUGAGGGAGUUAGGGGACUUCUUCGCACCUACCCCUUCCGCUACCCUCCACCCCCGUUUCCCCCUCUUUCCCUCGAUUUUCCUCACUUCAUUCAGAGUCUAGCAGGCACGAUGGGCUUAUGCUAUACAGGUAUGGACCGUUACACUGGUUUAAACUCGUCUUUCCCUGUCCCCCCUCUUUUCCCCUUCCUGCCUCACCUCUCGCGCCUUCCCUUGGUUCAGAUUCUAGCAGACGCCAUGGGUCUGGGCAAGACGGUUAUGACCAUUGCUCUCAUUGCUGCGAGCAAGGCGAACAGGGAGAGGGGGAAGGCGAUGGCGACGGGAACAAGGGGGAAACUGGGAGGAGUGGUGGGGAAGAUGGACGGAGGAGGGUCGGGGAAACAAGUGAGGGAUGAGAGGCGAGGUGGUAAUAUAAACGGGGAAUGCGCUGUUUCCAAUGGUGCUGACUGUAAGCAGGACGAGGAGGCAGCUGGGGGUGUGAAGCGGAAGAGAGGGGAGUGCAGCGCGGUGGCGGGAGAAGGGAGAGGUGUUCGUGUUGGUUCAAGGAGGAAGAAGCGAGUGAAAAGGGAGGCGGGCGAGGGUGUGAUGGGAGAGGGGGAGGGGGGAACAGGAGAAGGAGGUGACGUAUGGUUUUCAGACCAGGAUGAGGAUGAGGAAGAGGAUGAGGAUGAGGAUAAGGAUAAGGAUAAGGAUGGAGACUAUUUGCCUGGUGAGGAGGGAGGCGAUAUUGGUGCCGAUGCCGGCGGAUCUGACAGCGAUGCAGAGGUGCAGGAGGUUGGAGGUGACACGUGGAGGGCGGAAGAGACACCAGAGGAGAUGCAAGCGGAGGGUGGUAGGGAGGUAGAGGAGUGGAAUGGCAGGGGCGGCAACAGCAGCAGGGACAGGAGGGUGCAAGGAGGGACGCUCAUAGUGUGCCCCAUGUCGCUCCUCAGCCAGUGGAAGGCCGAGUGUGAGGCGCACACAGCGCCAGGUGUGCUGUCAGUGAUGGUCUACUAUGGCUCGCAGCGGCGCGAUUUUGAAGCGCGCUAUCUGGCGAAGCAUGAUGUAGUCAUCACCACGUAUGGCACACUGCAAGCCGAGUACAAGAAGUUCAACAAGAAGGCAGCAGAGGACAGCGUGGCAGCACAGCAGGUCCCCCUCCCCGCAGAGUUCCUGACCUCCGCCUGCACGCCCCCGCCCUCGCGCUUCAACCCGCCCCCACCACCGCCGUCCCCGGUGCGCCAGGGGCCGCUGCACAGUGUGCAGUGGUGCAGAGCGGUGCUGGACGAGGCUCAUUUUAUUAAGAACCGUGUGUCUGGUGCUGCUGCUGCCACCUUCGCCCUCCAAGCCGAUGCCCGCUGGUGCCUCACUGGCACGCCCAUCCAGAACCAACUGGAGGACGUGUACAGUCUGCUGCGCUUCCUGAGGGUGCAGCCGUGGGACAACUGGGGGUGGUGGCAGCGCCUGGUGCAGCAGCCGUACGAGCGCGGGGACAUGAGAAGCAUCAAGCUGCUGCAGGGGCUGCUGAAGCCGCUCAUGCUGCGACGAACCAAGGACUCCAAAGACAGGAACGGGCAACCCAUCCUUGUGCUGCCGCCCAUAUCUUUCCAUGUGAUCUCGUGUGAGUUCUCCGCGGAGGAAAGGGACUUCUACGACGCAUUGCAUAAUAAGUCCAAGGUCAAGUUCGACAGCUUCGUGGCGCAGGGCCGAGUGCUGCACAACUAUGCCUCCAUUCUUGAGAUGCUGCUGCGCCUGCGCCAGGUGUGCGACCACCCGUUUCUCGUUUUGAGCCGCUCUGACACAAUGGACGACGAGGACCUCAGCAAGCUGGGACGAAAGUUCCUUGCAGCUUCCUCACAAGGAACAGCAGGGUCCGCCGCUGCUGCUGCUGCUGCUUCUGCUGCUGGUGCUGGUGGCACCACCACGACUGCCGAUGCUGCUGCCACCGGUGCAGGAGCAUGGGGAGAAGCAGGCAGCAGCUGUCCUAUUGGGUGGGACCACGGGGACGAAACCCACGAGUCCCACAAGGGCCCGUCCCGGGAGUAUGUGCAGUCAGUAAUGGAACAACUGAAGAGGAGGAGAGAGGGGUUAAUGCAGGGAGGGGACGAGUGUCCGGUGUGUUUGGAGGCGGCAGAGGAUGCGGUGUUCAUGCCCUGUGCGCACAUUGCGUGCCGCGAGUGCCUGCUCACCGCCUGGAGGCCUUCAGUCAAUGGCCCUUGUCCUGUCUGCCGUCUGCCAAUCCUGCGCUCCCAGCUCAUCACAGUGCCACGUGCCAGCCGCUUCUCAUUGGACGUCGAGGCCAGCUGGCAGGACUCUGUGAAGGUCCGCCAGCUGCUACAGUGCCUGGGGGAGAUCCGGGCGGCAUCGGCUUGGAAGGGAGCGAAUGGGGGGGGAGGAGGAGAGAAGAGCGUGGUUUUCAGCCAGUGGACGGCAUUUCUUGACUUGUUGGAGAUCGCAUUUAAGAGGGCCAAGGUGCUGUAUGUGCGGCUGGACGGCAGCAUGUCGCAGCAGCAGCGGGAGAGGGCGAUAAACGAGUUCCGGGAGAAUCCCAAGGUGGAGGUGCUGCUGGUGUCACUUAAGGCGGGCGGCGUGGGGCUCAACCUCACCGCAGCCUCCCAUGCCUUUGUCAUGGACCCCUGGUGGAACCCGUCAGUGGAGGAGCAGGCAGUGAUGAGAGUGCACCGCAUAGGGCAGACUCGCCCUGUUACAGUAACGCGCUUCAUAGUGCGCGACUCAGUAGAGGAGCGCAUGCAGAAGGUGCAGCUGCGCAAGGAUCAGAUGGUGCAGGGAGCACUCAUGGAUGAUGGCGCACGCAGUGCAAGGAUCAACGAGCUCAAAAUGCUCUUUAGAUAG